AUGGCACGACGACCUCCCCCCGCGCAGCCGAUGGCUCCCCCGCAGGCGCCCAAUUCUCGACAGAACGAGUACUUCAUUCCCCGCGAUGGCAUCGAUCGCGAAGUGAUCACGGCGGAUAUCUGUCGUUAUCUCGGGAAUGAUGCCCUCGUUCGCCCUGGCACUUACGAUGCCAUGAUCGAGGACCUCAAAGCCGAUUCAGCUCGGUGGGAACAGGAGAGGCGGGCGAAGUCGUCCCGAAACGCCUCCGGAGGUAUCAACGCUCCGAGAGACUCAUCGAAUCCCAUAUACUCUAGAAAAUCUAACUCACCCACCACAGUCCAAUACCACCAUUCGGAUACCUAUGCCAGGAGACAACGUGGCGGACCGUCUGAAUCCAUACCCUUCGGUAGUGGUCGUGAAUUUGAUCCCCCGCCCAGUCAUGAUGGUCCUGGAUAUGCUGGGUACACUCAGCAGGGUGGUGCUGGCCAGUUCAUGCCACAGCAGCAACAGCCCCAACCAGGCUAUCCCGGAGCAAAUCAGAGGACUCCCUAUCCAUCUGGUUACCCUCCGGCUCCCAAUCAAUACUCUCAGCAGGAUCCAGGCUAUGUACCGUCAGGUCAAUCUAACAUGGGCUAUCAGCAAAGUCAAGACACAUGGGUGCAUGGAGCCGCCCGGCCGAUGAACCCCGGAUACAGGGAACCAUCCCAAUACAGCCCUGGUAUGGGCACCCGCGAUCACAUGAUGACCACCCCGCCACAACAAGGAAACUACCCUCCUCCCCAACACUCCCAGCCCGCGUAUGGCGGCCAGGACUACUACGCCCCGGGCCCAGGCGGAGUAUAUCAAACGAUGCCUCAAGAUUCCCUCUAUGGUCGUGGUGGAGCGUACCAAGAUCGAGCGCCUAGUGCACCAGUGUCAAAACCGCCUGAGCGGUUCUCAACGACGGCCCCUUCUCAACCCCCUCCUGAAGUAUACGGUGGACCCAUGCAAGGACAAAUGCCAGGCCAGAUUCCAAGCCAAAUGCAAGGACAACAAUUCGAUGACCCUUCUAGGAACCACGACCAGACUUCAGUGCCUCCUCCCCCACGGCGACAGGAGACGCCGAAGCACCAAUCCUACAAGAGUGGUGGCGGACUUCGAUAA